CCGUCGGUCACUCUCUUCCCUUCCCACAGGUAUUUUACAAAAGUGGGUGUUUGCCUUCCCACAGGUAUUUUAUAAGCUAUCAAGCAAAAAGUCGGUAUUUCUUCACUUCUAUCCAAUCAAAUUCAGAGACACACAAUGUCCAGGUGCAUCAGCUUCACGGUGUUGCAGGACCGCCGCUACCGGAAAACCUUCGCCGGCUCCGGCCUGAGAUCGGCCACCACCGAUCUCGGCGAUGGCACGGUAAUGCACUUCUGGGUGCCUAAGACCCACAAGCCGGGGAAACCCAACCUGCUCCUCAUCCACGGCGUCGGAGCCAACGCAAUGUGGCAGUGGUACCAGUUUAUUCCCCGGCUCACCGGAAAAUUCAACGUCUACGUGCCGGACUUGGUGUUCUUCGGCAAGUCAUACACUUCCCGGCCGGAGCGGACGGAGGGGUUCCAGGCGGAGUGCGUGAUGCGGGGCAUGGAGGCGCUCGAGGUGCGGCGGAUGGAAGUCGUGGGGCUGAGCUACGGCGGCUUUGUGGCGUAUAGCAUGGCGGCGCAGUUCCCGGCGGCGGUGGAACGGGUGGUGAUUGUGGCGUCAGGGGUGUGUAUGGAGGAGAAGGACUUGGAGAAGGGGCUGUUCAAGGUGGGGAGCGUGGAUGACGCCAUCGCCGUGCUGCUGGCCCAGACGCCGGAGAAGAUGAGGGAGCUCAUGCGCUUCACUUUCUAUAAGCCGGCCAAGAUCAUGCCCUCUUGCUUCCUCGUUGAUUUCAUUGAUGUGAUGUGUACAGAGAACCUUAAAGAAAGAAAAGAAUUGAUCAUAGCAUUGCAUAAAAACAGAAAACUCUCUGAUCUUCCCAGGAUAAACCAGCCCACAUUAAUAAUCUGGGGAGAUAAAGAUCAGAUAUUCCCCCUGGAAUUGGCACACAGACUAAAGAGGCAUCUGGGUGAGAAUGCAGAACUGGCCAUCAUAAAGCAUGCAGGACAUGCAGUCAAUGUUGAGAAGUGGAAAGAGAUGUACAAACACAUGAAGGCGUUUCUUGUUGAUCGGCCUCUUUCUUCUAAAGAUGAACACAAUGGCAACAACCUCAAGGCAGACUAAAAGGGGAUUCAUGGAAUGGAAAGAAAAAAAUCAUUUGAGCUGUGACUUAUUCAUUCUACUGUAUCACACGUUCAUAUAUAUUGGUUGUUUUGGAUGUAUAAUCGAUUAUGUUAUGGAAUUAAUCUCUUAGAAAGGCGCCUACUUGUAAGAUAAACAUGCACAUUAAGAACAAGAAAAUAGAGAAAGAAAAUCGAAGAAGGAUCUGAUGAUC